AUGGCUGUGUCUCAAAUUCAAUGCGCUGCCUUUCUUUCUCUCUUCUUUUGCUUCCUAAUUGCUUCAACUGAGAUGAUGCAAAAGGCAGAAGCACUUGGUUGUGAAAAGCCUAGCACAACAUGGUCAGGGCCUUGCUUGUUUAGUGAUGAUUGUAACAACCAAUGCAUCAAUUGGGAGGGAGCUGUUCAUGGAGAGUGUAGUUUUGCACUUGGCCCUGAAUGCUUUUGCUACUUCUGCUGA